AUGACCGUGAAUGACUUGACACAUUAUUCAAAGACUUAUGGAAGCCAGUCGGAUAAUGAGAUCCUGAGCUCAGGAAUAUUUAGACGCUUCUUUGCCUUGCCAGUGCCCGCCGAUCCCAAGGUGCGCCACUUCUCACUGUUUGUCGAUCAGGACCUCGAGAACUCGGAUCGUCUGAUCAAGCAGAUGUACGCACUGACCACCCUGUCACAGCUGCUCUGUCUGGCCAUCGACAAGAUCUCCUCGCCCAAUGUGCACCCCCUCCUGGUCAAAUACUCGCUGGCUGUUGCCAUCAACCACGCGCCACAGUUCCAGUGUCUCAAGCCUCAGGUGCCGCAGGCGUUGGUCAUCGCACCUGCCCACGUCUUUGUCGACAAGAAUGUGCCCAAGCGAUGGAAGAACCCCGACUCACUGCUCAAGUGGUGGCGCGAAGACCCCAUGCUCAACUCUCAUCACUGGAACUGGCACACGGCCUACCCUUCAUUCGGUGUGACUCUGGACGGCGCCAGCCCCGCCCGCCUAAAGGAUCGCCAGGGUGAGCUGUUCGUCUUUAUGCAUCGCCAGAUGAUCGCCAGGUACGACUGUGAGAGGACCGCGCUUGGCCUACAGCCCAUCGACCCAUUCGGAUCAAACUCAUACCGCGAGUCCCUGGGCGACUCGUUCGACCCACUCAUCUCGAUGUUUGUUGCGCGCCCUGCCGACGCCAAGAUGCGCGACCUCGUCCAGUGCACACCGCCAUUCGACUCAAUCUCUGUCGUGGACCUCGAGAUCUGGCGCGACCGUCUCUACGAAGCCAUCCAGAACAGGACAUUCAGGAAGCUGGUCCAGAACGCAGACGGUUCCAGCUCAACCGUUGAGAUACCCAUGACCAUCAACGAUCUUGGAUCAUCGCUUGAGGCCACCAUGGGCAGUCCCAACAAGUCCUACUACGGCAACCUCAACAAACAGGCACACAACCUGAUGUCACGUGUGUUUGACACGCAAGGCGAGGAGCAGAACUCGAUUGGCAUCAUGGGCGACAUCAUUGGCGCAUUCCGUGAUCCAAUCUUCUGGCGCUGGCACAAUCAUCUCGAUGAGUUCUUCCAUCGCUUCGAGAUGUCCAUGCCCGCCUACAAGCUGGCCGACUACGCCCCAUCCAAUGUCCGAGUGAACAGCACCACCGUGCACCCACUCUACAACACAUACACGUUCUUCAACCCCGACAUCGAGGCCCUUGACGUGGCCCUGCAACCAUCAUCAGGCAACCAACAGAUGCAGGAGAACCAGCUGUUCACCUACAUGAAGACACAGAUCGUUGGCAUCAAGGAGGAUGGAACAGUGGUCAACGCCUCCAAGAAGAGCCAGCCAGACGGCUUCCUCAACACUUAUGAGACUCACAGACUCUACCACGUGCCAUUCGAGUACAACAUCUCGGUGACCAACGAUGACGAGCAGUUCAAGAAGGUCACCGUUCGUGUGUUCAUCGUCGCAGCCGACGACUAUGGCGACCGUCGCAAGUGGAUCUCUCUCGACCAGUUCUACACCUCUUUGCCAGCAGGCCAGCGCGAGUACACAAUCACUCGCACAUCAUCAGAGUCAAGCAUCUUGCAGCAAGCCUGCACAGAGGAGUGGCCCGGCAACUGGGAGGGACUGCAGGACAAUGCUCGCCCAUACGUCACAGACACAUACUGCAAGUGUGGUCUGCCACGCAACCUAUUGCUGCCUCGUGGCACCAAGGAGGGCAUGCCAUUCCGUCUGGCGGUCAUCGUCUCCGACUCCAAGUUCGACGUUAUCCAGUAUGGCGACGGUCAGUCAACAUGCUGUGAUGGCAACAUCUACUGUGGCACCUACAACAAGCCCUAUCCAUACAAGAUGGACAUGGGCUUCCCCUUCAACCGUGCCAUCCAGACCCAAGGCGACAACCUCGAUGAGAAGAUGGACGUCUUCCUCAACGCCCCCAACGUCUCCAAGUCCACCGUCACCAUCAAGUGGGAUACACCAAGAGGAAUGGCAGCCUAA